AUGACUCUCUUCACCAAACGAAUCGGAGAAGGCGUAAUGCUAGUUCAGAUUUAUGUGGACGAUAUCAUCUUCGGGUCAAUAAAUGAGGAGCUGUGUAAAGAAUUCGAGACCGUCAUGAAGGCAAAGUUCGAAAUGAGCAUGAUGGGAGAACUGACGUUCUUCUUAGGAUUAGAAGUGAAGCAAAAGGAGGACAUCAUUCUUAUUCACCAGGCUAAGUACAUUCGGGAUAUUCUCACAAAGUACAACAUGAAUGACUACAAAGUUGCAAGCACCCCGUUCGCCUCACAGACUGAGCUUACUCUAGAUCCUCAAGGAAAACCAGUGAAUAAGUCCUUCUACAGCUCCAUGAUAGUGAUCAUGCAGGCUGUAAAGUGGAUCGCAGGUCUGUAUCAGGAGGAUGUCAAUUCUUGGGAAAUCGUCUGA